UAGCACGCACCGUUAGUAGGUCACAGUCGCAGCUGCUCCUUCUGCCGUCUAGAGGAGAAACUCACAAAUGGGCGCAGGCUAGUUGGCGAGGCAGGUGGGUGCCUAGUCAGCUAUACUGCGGGCGAUAAGCUUGUUUGAAAUAUUGAGAGCUAAUUGUUAUCAUGCUUGUGACACAAACUCUAAGGCUAGCAACAGCUAAAUAAAGUAGUAGGUCGUUGUUUUUCAUUUUAUUUUAUUUAUUAGCUAAGUCUAGCUAACGCGGAAGGCGUCUUCCUUCAGUGGAACCAAUGUGGUAACGCGUUUAAUGCUCAGCACCUUUUAGAAGGCAUUUCCUCCAGAUUUAAGGAUGUCUAAACGUCUGCGAAACACUGAGUUGUGCGCCGAUUGCUGUGUUCCAGAGCCUCGCUGGGCCUCCGUGAACAGGGGGGUGCUGAUUUGCGACGAGUGCUGCAGUGUUCAUCGAAGUCUCGGCAGGCACAGCUCCCAAGUCCGUCACCUGACACAUUCCACAUGGCCUCCAACGCAGCUUCAGAUGGUGCAAACGUUAAACAGCAAUGGUGCAAAUUCAAUAUGGGAGCACUCCCUUCUGGACCCUGCAUCUGUGAUGAGUGGAAAACGUAAAGCCAAUCCUCAGGACAAACUUCUCCCAAACAAAUCAGAGUUUAUUAGAGCCAAAUAUCAAAUGCUGGCAUUUGUCCACCGCGUGCCGUGCCGUGACGAUGACAGCUCUACUGCAAAGGAUUUAAGUAAGCAACUUCACUCAAGUGUGCGCACAGGAAAUCUUGAGACUUGUUUGAGGCUACUCUCUCUGGGAGCACAAGCUAAUUUUUUCCAUCCAGACAAAGGAAACACUCCUUUGCAUGUAGCCGCGAGGGCAGGCCAAGUGUCUCAGGCUGAACUGCUGACUGUGUAUGGAGCCGAUCCUGGAGCUCUAGACAACAGUGGCAAAACUCCCGUUGACUAUGCAAGAGAAGUUGGUCACUAUGACCUGGCAGACAGGCUGGUGGAAGUUCAGUAUGAGCUCACUGAUCGACUGGCAUUUUAUUUAUGUGGCAGAAAACCUGAUCAUAAAAAUGGCGAGCACUUCAUUGUUCCCCAGAUGGCUGACAGAAAUGUCAGUGCAGAUUUAACAGAACUCGCAAAAGCAGCAAAGAGAAAGCUGCAGUCUCUCAGUAAUCAUUUAUUUGAGGAGCUGGCCAUGGACGUGUAUGACGAAGUGGACAGACGGGAGACAGAUGCAGUGUGGUUGGCCACACAGAAUCACAGCACCUUGGUGACGGAGACUAUUCUGGUCCCCUUCCUUCCUGUAAAUCCAGAGUAUUCAUCAACAAGAAACCAGGGUCGACAGAAGCUUGCAAGGUUCAAUGCACAUGAAUUUGCAACAUUAGUCAUUGAUAUAUUAAGUGAUGCCAAACGCAGGCAACAAGGGAAUUCAGUUGGCAGCCCAAAAGACAACGUUGAACUCAUAUUAAAGGGCGUGGCUGUCAGACACAGCAGUGAUUAUGACAGUGUGGCUUCAGAUGAAGAUACAGACCAAGAGCUCCCUUCAAGCAAAGGAGACAGAACCAAGAGCCUGGACUCUGACAUUUCUGAUGGCCCGAUAACUAUGCAUGAAUACAUGGAGGUGAAAACCGCACUCACGGCCUCUGAAGCCAAGAUCCAGCAGCUUUUGAAAGCCAACGACAAUCUGAACGACGAGCUGAGGCUGAUGCAGAAAAAGCUGCAAUCUCUGCAAAGCGAGAACACCUCUCUCAGACGGCAGGUCACAACAAAUGUCUAUCAGACCCCCAGCAGUACAGACUACCCCGACCCAUCCAGCCCCUCAGCCCUGAAACGCCGGCAGUCUGCGCGGGCCAGUCGGCCAAUGUCAAUGUAUGAGACCGGCUCAGGCCUGAAACCCUAUCUUUCCAAAGGGGAAACUCCUUACCCAGAGGAGGGUCUCCCCAGCCUGCAACCCUUUUCACAUCAUACAGAAAGGGGUGCAUUUGUGACCUCUUCAUCCCUCCCCUCUUUUCCAUCCACCCUGUCUUGGUCCAAGGACGACACUUCUCAAAAGACCUCAAAGUUGGAAAAGCAAAGCAGCGUGCCAGAAAGUGAUUAUGACAACACAUUUAAUGACUCUGAGAUGGAUGAUUCUGGCUUCGGCAGGAGGGGGAGGCUGAGGAGCAGCGGCUGGCUGGGAGAGGGCAGCUCCAUUCCUGAGCUAGAUGAUCUGGAGAUGGAGCCGGACCCCACGCUUCCAAGCACGGAGGACGUCAUCCGCAAAACAGAGCAGAUCACCAAAAAUAUUCAGGAGCUCCUUCGAGCUGCACAGGAUAAUAAACAUGACAGACCAUGUGAGCGUGAGGGAGUCCGUCGACUCCGUCACAGCCUGGGAUGUUUCAGUACUCUGGUGCCCUGGGCCGAGAAGGUCCCCUCUCCCCUGCAGCCUCUCAGCCUGCGGUCCCCUGACCACACCUCCUGCUUUCUCCCCUGCUCAGAAAGAAUCCAUGUGGCUGUAACAGAAAUGGCUGCCCUCUUCCCCAAGAGGCCGCGUUCAGAGACAGUGAGAGGCUCUCUGCGCCUGCUGACCACCAGCGCCUGCCGCCUUCAGAACGAGUGCCGGAAAGCCGCACCUUUGGACGGCUGCUCAGGGCCGGACAUGCAGCUCGUGACCCAGCAGGUCAUCCAGUGUGCUUAUGACAUUGCCAAAGCCGCCAAGCAGCUCGUAACCAUCACAACAAAGGAGAAUACUAACUAAACAGCACUUAACAUGCUCCAAAGCCACCAUCUCAGUAUUGUUCCUAUAUUUUAUGUGAUUUUUUCAAAUGUUAUAUUUAAUGUAUUGUGGUAUAUGCAUGUGUGUGUUUUUUAUUUAAAAACAAUACUGACUAUAUCUAAAGGCGGUAGUGUAAGUGGGAAAGUAAAGAAAAUGCAAUGUUGAUGUAGCUAGUUAUUGUAGUAGCACAAUUUCUCUUAAGGUAACAUUUUCCAGCAAGCACAUCUGAAAUUACUCUAUUAUUGAGUGAUUGUAAAACAUCUUUACUCAGCUCAAAGUAGCCAAAACGAAAAGGAUGAAGCACAUUUGACUGCAUGCUAAAACAGAUCAACAAAAGCUGUACAAAACUUGUUUUGCUAUAUUCAGGGUUCCUAUACACUGUAAAACUCUAUACUUUUCCAGACUAAAUAUUUUCUGAUUUCUUGGUCUUUGCUGUCUGUUUUUAAAUGUAUAAAUGCAAAGGUUCCUCCUGAAUGUACAGCAGAAAUAAUUCUGCAGUAAAAAAUCUCCAUCUUUAUUUUGCUCAGAGACGGAGUAAAAACAGUUGCUGGUCCAGCUAAUUAUCAACAACAGAAAGAAACCUGAUAAAACGUUAUGCUCACAAACAACACCCGCUGUCACCCUGAUGGUUUGCCUGUCAAACGUGCUUGAGCUAUCUAUCCUAGCUGUGACAAGAACUGUCUGCACAGUUCCCUCAGCUUUGGAUUGUUUCCCCCUUUUUUAAUCCAAGAUUCCUAUUGUUUCAUAAUCCUGGAGCAAAAAAAGAGACCGUGUUUACUGCCAUACUCCCAUGUUUUCUCCAAAGAUGAUCUUUGUAGUAAAAGUGCUCACUAUGCCACCUACUGGCCAUAUCCAGUUAAAAUGGUAUUUCCUCUCAAGAAACGUUUUCUAUGAUCACCUUAAGAGAGUUUCAGACAACAAACUGACAUCCUUUAUAGUAGUACCUCCCUGUUUUAUUGGGUGUAUCAUAAAUGGGUCUAUUUCAGAAAAGUGUGUUUUAAAAUUACUGAUCCGCUUUGAAAAUCCAUGGAAAUAUUAAGAUUUAAUAUUGUUUCCUACUUUCAAGAUUUUUAGGGCCUCUGGUUCUACAAUAUGAUGCAGACUGUAAGGAAGGACAGAAAAAAGACAGUAAAUUAAAAACACCACUUCUUUGCUGUUUUCCUGAUACAUUUAUGGUCUCAAACUCCCAGCAUUCACUUCUGUCAUCAUGUUCCACCACCCGAGGUAGUGUCUGUCUGCGCUUGUGGUUUCCAAAGCAGCAAAGACUAAAAUGAUAAACUCAAGACCUGGCUUUAUAUAUGAAGAAAAACCAGACAUAAUUAUGGCAUGAGGCUGAAGUAAAUUCAGAUAUUGCAAAAAAAACUACAUAAAAGUCUGGAAAUACAUUUUCACCCCUUUUGUCUUUUUUUCACACUUGUCCAGAUCUGGAAAACACUGAAAUUAAAUAUAGAUUUUCAAAGACAGUGUAGGAACCCUGUAUGUAAUAAACAACAUCUUCCCUUCAAUUUCAAUAUUAAUAACUGACCAUUAAAUUAAUUUCCAUUCAUUGUUCAGACACACUUUCAUAGCUCUGCAAUAUUAUUGCUUGCUUCAAUGUAAAUUUGUAUGUUUUGUCAGCUGUCCAAGUGUAUCCCUGUCUGCAGUGCACUUGUUGAAACUGCUUAUCUGUGCCUGUUUGUCUAGUCAAUGAAAGCGAGUUAGACAUCUUUAGGGGCCAAGCUGUUUUUUCUCACCAGCAGGCAGAUCUUUUAGUAUUUAAUGUUCCAACAGGUUGGUUUCUUUCAACAGGCUCCAUAUUGUCUUGCAGCUGUUUCAUUCAGCUUAUAAUCACAUAAGACGUGUGUUUCGCUCCACCCCAUCUCUCCUGGUUUUGUUUUCAACGUGCAACAUAUGGGCUAGAACUCUAGAUGUUUCCUGUAUUCCUGAACAACCCAGUGUUUAUCUUCUGAAUUCAUUUUCGUAUUGAAAUCUCUUCCAAGUAACGUCCCAUCCUGUGCUCGACCGAAGUGCAGAGAUGUAUAAGAUGCAGCAUCCCAGCUGGAAUGAAGUAAAAAAUUAUUAUUUUUUAAAUAAACCUUAUUUAUAUGUAAACCUAUCAAA